CCCUAACAAAACCCGCAAGCUGAAGACAUCGUGCGACAUCAUGGAGGAGGUGGAGGUGGAGGUGGAGGUGGAGGACCAUGGUGAUGCCAAAAUGUAUGAAUUUCAUCCAGAUAUCAAGCGGAUAUUCAGUUGGAUCAGCAACACUCCCGGCUUCUUCAGCGACAAGGACAGCGACAAAUUCCUGUAUGAACUUAUCAUGACAAGGUACCAGGAGCUCGAUAAGAGGUUAUAUAAAAGUUUAACUGACAAAAAUGAGCUACUUCAGCAACACUAUAGAAUUCAAGGCUCGUCUCUUUUCAUUUGCAUCAUUCCUGACAAGGCCAAUAACAGGUUGAUUAUCACUGAUAGUGGUAUUGGCAUGACAAAGGAUGACUUGGUCAAAAUGGGCACAAUGGCUACUUCUGGCACAAAGAAAUUUGUGAAAGCUCUUGAAAAUGGUAUUGAUAUUCAUGAUAUCUGUCAACCGCUUGGUGUGGGAAUUUACUCCUCUUAUCUUGUGUCUGAGAAGGUAAUUGUCACAACAAAGCAUAAUAAUGACCAUGACCCGUAUGUGUGGGAAUCCCAAGCGGGUAGCUCAUUCACUGUCACCAACGAUCCGGACGGGGAUUGGGAUUGGGAUCCCCUUCACGGGGAUCUCCUUCCCAUGGGUUCGGGUACCAAAAUUGCCCUUUACCUCAAGGAGCCCCAUCUGCACUACCUGGAAGAAAGCCGACUGAAGGAUUUAAUCAAGAAGCACUCUGAUCAGUUCAUAAGCCACCCCAUCUUCCUCUCGAUUGAGAUUGAGAAGACGAUAAUGGAAUAUUCCGACGAUGAGGAUGAAGAGGUUGAGAAAACAGACGAAGAAGGAAAGGUUGAUGAGGAGAAACAUGAAAACAAAAAGAAGAAGAAGAAGAUCAAGGAGGUUUGGCGUGAAUGGUGUUUGGUGAACGAACAAAAGCCAAUCUGGAUUAGGAAACCAGAGGAUAUCACACAAGAAGAAUAUGCUUUAUUUUACAAGAGUCUUAACACAAACAAGUGGGAGGAGAAUUUGGCAGUCAAGCACUUUUCACUUGAGGCCGGCCUGUUGAAAUUCAAGGCUCUCCUCUUUGUUCCAAAGAGGGCUCCUUCUGACUCCUUCGAUGCAAAGAAGGUAAACAACAUCAAGCUCUAUGUCCGUCGUGUCCUCAUCAUGGAAAGUUGUGAGGAGCUGAUCCCGCAGUACUUGAGUUUUGUCGAGGGAGUAGUCGACUGUGAGGACCUUCCUUUGAACAUCUGUGGUGAGACUUUGAAGGAAAACAGGAUUAUAGAUUGGAUGGUCAUUCGCAAGAACCUGGUAAACAAGUGUCUAGAGCUGUUCUCUGAGAUUGCAAAAGAUAAGGAAUACUACACCAUAUUCUAUGAGGCUUUCUCAAAGAACCUCAAGCUUGGGAUGCAUGAGGAUUCGCAGAACAGGACUAAGCUUGCAGAGCUUCUUCGUUACCCCUCCACAAAAAGCAGGGAUGAGUUGACCAGCUUGAAGGAAUACGUGACCAGGAUGAAGGAAGGACAAAACUACAUCUACUACAACAUCAAAGGUGGUAAGAGUGAGAAGGCUGCUAAGAGGCUCAAGAAUAAAGGAUAUGAGGUCCUCUUAAUGGUUGAAGCGAUUGACGAGUACUCUAUUGGUCAGUUGAAAGAGUUUGAAGGGAAGAAGCUGAUUUGUGCUGCAAAAGAAGGGCUCAAGCUUGAAGAGAGUGAGGAAGAACUGAAGAAGAAUGAGGAGCUGAAGGCGAAGUUUGAGGGUUUGUGCCAGGUGAUGAAGGACCUUCUGGGCGACAAGGUUGAAAAGGUUGUUGUCACUGACCGUGUUAUGGACCAUGCCUGCUGUUUGGUCACUCCACAGUGUGGGUGGGCUGCGAACAUGGAGAGAAACGAGAAAUUAUACCCCUCUAGCAAGCCCACGAUGGAAAUAAGCCCUGAAGAAUCCAUCAUCCAAGAGCUCAGGCAAGAAGCCUCGGCUCUCAAAGAGCUAAUAGUGAUGGUGUUCAAGACUGCACAGUGAACAGUGAGAAGAUAUACUUGUAUGUAAUAUCCCAAUUAAAAAUCGGUCUAGACAAAUUUGGUACAAAGUUAAUACUCAAAAUGGUGUGCUAAAACGAUAUCAGAGGCUAGAUUUUGUAUUAAAAAUGGCGAAUUUAAUAUUACGACUUUCUUGACUAAAAUUAGUAGUAAAGAUAAACACAAAAUGAAUAAUUAGGAAAG